AUGACAAAAAUUGUAUUAUGUGUUUUUGUUGCCGCCGUGACUUCACUGCCUCAAGAUUCAAUAUCGACAUCCUAUGGGACCCCUGUAGUUAUUACAUCUGGAAAUGUCCGGAAGGCAGCUUCAAGUGGAAUAAGAGUCGCUUCAGAUGAAUCUGCUAAUGAAGGCAGCAGGGACUUUAGAGUUGAAGAUGACAGAGCUUCUGAACUUGGGGCUCUUACGAGAUUUGUAGAUGAAGCAACUGGUAAAGGAAGUGGUGGUUCCAGCAUAGGAGUUCCUAGUGGAACUAACAGAGGAGUCACUGGAGGUUUGAGAGUUUCCUCUGGUAGCUUUGGUGUUGGUAGUGCUGGCAAUAACCAUGCUGGAGUUUCCUCUGGAUCAUUAGGACCUUUUAUUCCUAUCAUCAUCGACGAGCGCCAGGGUCCUGAUGAGUUCGGAAAGUACAGCUUUAACUUUGAAACUGGAAAUGGCAUCAUCCGUCAAGAAAAAGGGGCCCCACAAGGAAAAACUGGUGCUGUAGCACAGCAAGGUGUUUGGUCAUUCACCUUCCCUGAUGGUACUCCAGCCGAAUUCAGCUUCAUUGCUGAUGAAAAUGGUUUCCGUGUAGAAUCUGACCUGCUUCCCACACCACCUCCUCUCCCACCACACGCCAUUGCUCAGAUAGAGAAGGCUCGUCAAAAAGAUAUCACUGAUCCUGCUUCUGAUGGGCAUGAAGGUUACAGUGAGCAGUCAUACUUAAGUUCUGGGCAGUUUUCUGUUGCUAGUCAACCAGGCUUUGGUCCAGAACAGGUUUCAGGCAUCAGCCAAUCAGGCUUUGAUCCAGAACAAGUUUCAGGUAUUAGCCAAUCAGGCUUUGGUUCAGGUCAGUUCAUUGGUGCUGGUCAAUCAGGCUCUCGUUCAGGAGAGUUUCCAGGAGCUGGCCAAUCAGGAUCUGGUUCAGGGCAGUUAUCAGGAGCUGGACAAUCAGGUUCUGGCCCAGGGAAGGUCUCAGAAAUUGACCAUUCACACUCUGGUUCAGGAACUGAACAGUUUUCAGGACAUAGACAAUCAGGCUCUGGUUCAGGUCAGUUCUCAGGAUCUGUUCAGUCAGGUCCUGGUUCAGGCCAUUUCUCAGGAAUUGGCCAUUCAAGCUCUAGUUCAAGACUACUCUCAGAGACUGGACAGUUUUUAGUUGGACUAUCAGGGGCUGGUGUAGGGCAGUUCUCAGGAGUUGGGCAAUCGGGUCCUGGUUCAGGGCAGUUCUCAGAUGCUGGCCAAUCAGGCUCUAGUCAGGACAGUUCUCAGGAGCUGGACAGUUUUCUGGAGCUAGACUAUCAGGAAAUGGUAUAGAGCAGUUCUCAGGAAUCGGGCAAUCAGGUUCUGGUUCAGAGCAGUUCUCAGGAACUGACC